UGGGUUGCAAAUGGAUCAGAUAUUUGUGAUCAACUAACUCAAUAUCAACAGGAAAAAAAAUUGACAAGGAAAGAUGCAGAAUUCUAUGACAUAGUAUUUUUUGAUCAACUUGACAAAAAUACUAUUUCAAAAAUGCUAGAAGAUAUCAGAGAAGAAAACAAUGAUGAUGAAACUGAAAAGAAGGAGGAAAUUAAAUUAUUUUUAAAUGAAUUGGUUAAUCAUGAUAUUGAUAAAACCAAAGAAAACCUUAAACAUCAAAAUGAUAUUAUGAUAAAAUUGAUUGAUGAUGUUAAUAUAUUAACUGAAUCUAUAUCUGAAGGAACAUUUAAAACAUGCUUUUUAGCACAAAUACUUAAUGCAUUUUCAUGA